UGUUCCCAUGUCCCUAUCCAGCUCCUAUAAGGCACAUUCUGAUCUGCUAUGGGGUAUUAAGGACUCAUGAUAACUUCUGACCACCUCUCUUUCUUUGUAUCUGUUUUGGGUCUGUGGUGUCCGCUUUUGUCCUGUUUUGUCUUGCGUAUGUUUUCAGUCAAUACAUCGAGCAGUGAAAAGGGUUAGUGGGCUGUACAUAGACUUGUGCCCUGUGCUGUAAACUGUAGACGGUUACCCAGUAUCUUCCCCAUGGCUUGUAAGGAUGUCCUGCUCUGUCUUGUGAAUCUCUGUGCCAUUCUGGCUGCAGGACAGGCUGAAGACUCCGAUCGCUUUCAUUAUGAUUACAAGAGUCUUCGUAUCGGGGGCUUGGUCUUUGCUGGAGCGAUGCUGAUAAUGGGGGUAUCCGUGCUGCUCACUGAUUUGAAGCUGAUUAAGAAAAGACGACAAGCCGUCACGGAGGCCCGAAGUGAAGCGUGAGGACGUACAUGAUGUCUUGAAAUAUCUGAUUAUCCUUGGCCACGUCCGAUCUCAACACACCUGGUGGACGGAGAGCGUCUCAGGGUGGGAAUGUGAGGACAGGUGGACACGUAUAUCAGCUAUACAGAGAAAUAUGGACAAUACUUAUGUAUGAAGGUGUUUGCAGCUGCAGAGACAAUAAUCCGGAGCUGAUCACUGAAAGGUGUUGUGUUCUGCGCUGUGUUACAGACACUUGGACAUCGUAUGGAAUAAUGCACUAACAAUAGAUCCAAGAAUGGCUGAGGAAUAAAAUCCACCAGUCGGAGGAUUAUAUGAAACGUGAUCGGGGUGUGGGGAGGAUUGAUUGCAAUACGUCAUCUAUUCAUUUGUAAGCAGCGGAACACACAAACGCAGCACAAGCUGUUUUUCUGGAAUUGGAUCUAUUGUGCCUUGGACAUAUCUCGGAGAACGAGCGCUGUGGGAGGUGCUUCUGUGUGAACGCUCUGCAGGAAUCUCUGUGGCUCAUUUUAAAGCUCCGAGAAGUAAUCCUCUCAGAUUCCCUCGCCCCAUAGAACUUUAUUCUCCUAACAUACUGCUUGUUCUAUUCUCCUUAUGUCAUCAAUAAAUCGUAUCCAUCAGGGUACAGCGGCACCAUC